CCUCUGUAGCUUCCCUUCCUUCCCUCGUUUUCUCUUCGCGCAUAUAUGACGUUCGUCGUUCGUUUCCCUUUGUCUCUCUAUGGGUUUCUAGGUGUGUCUAUGCAAUUGUCGUAGCUUUAAACGCGGUUCUCUCUUUGUUUCUUCCAUCUAUAUUCUUCUUUCUUCCUUCUCAUAGCUUUCAUUGUUCAUCCUCGCCUUAGCCCUUGUUUAUGCUUUCUGAAAACGAUUUCACGGUUACUGUUGGUGGUCGGGAUCUGAGACUUUUGAUCACGUAACUGCAUUUCGAAGAUUGAAUCUUCUCGCGGUUCUGAUCCUUGAAAGGACCCUUACGGUGUGAGAGCUCGUGGUUCAGACUUCAGAACUCUUCUGGGGAUUAUAGAUCUAUAAAGCAGCACUCCCUCAAGUUUAACUCUGCACAUAAUGUUAUCUGAUAUAAAUGAUUUGUAGUUUUGGAGAUGAGAAGUUUUUGGGAAGUUUGCGCUUGAUGGACUGCUCGCAUAACAGCAGUGAUAAGAAAACUUUGAAGAGGUGGUUUUUCAUUGAUAAGAGAGUUGGGUGAAGAUACUAGAGAUUGCAGUGACAUCAUUUUGACUUGACGUGAAUUUUGGACCUGCCAGCUCUUACAUAUCACACAAUAUUUGUUUAAGCUUUAAACGCUUUUAAAGUGAUCUGGAUCCAAUGGAUUUGAAAUCAAACCAUGCAGCUCCUGUUCUCACUGACCCCAUACCCAUAAGCAAGUCAAGAUUAGGCAUCCAUACAAAUCUGUUGCCAUACUCCCCACCAGGAGGUUUGUUCUUAACAAUUCCAAGAAAGAAGCCCAUGCCAGGAAAGCUUGAUGAUGUCCGCAUCAGCAGUUGGCUGGAUGCCAUGGAAGCCUCCUCACCUCCUCGCAAGAAGCCAACUAAGGAUUUCAACAUUGAGGUUGCAUCUGAUGAUACUGACGCUUCUUACCGCUCCUGGAUGCUGAAGUAUCCAUCAGCACUUACAUCUUUUGAUGAAAUCACAAAUUAUGCAAUGGACAAGAGGAUAGCAUUGUUUCUGGACUAUGAUGGGACCCUUUCACCAAUUGUAGAUGACCCUGACCGUGCUUUUAUGUCUAACGCUAUGCGUUCUGCUGUGAGAAAUGUUGCCAAAUAUUUCCCAACAGCAAUAAUUAGUGGAAGGAGGCGUGAUAUGGUAUACGAAUUUGUAGGAUUGACAGAACUCUACUAUGCUGGUAGUCAUGGGAUGGACAUCAUGGGCCCGGUCAGACAUUCGGUGUCUGCUGAUGACCAUCCAAAUUGUAUUAGGUCUACUGACAAGCAGGGUAAGGAGGUAAAUCUGUUCCAACCUGCUAGUGAGUUUUUACCUAUGAUUGAUGAGGUUUUUAGAACCCUUGUCGAGAAUACAAAAGGAAUUAAAGGUGCAAAAGUUGAGAAUCACAAGUUUUGUACCUCUGUACAUUACCGUAAUGUAGAUGAAAAGAAUUGGCCUAUAGUUGCACAAUGUGUUCAUGGUGUGCUGAAAAAUUACCCACGUCUACGAUUAACUCAUGGGCGGAAGGUUUUAGAGGUCCGUCCUGUGAUUGACUGGGAUAAAGGGAAAGCCGUUGAGUUUCUUCUUGAGUCACUCGGACUAGGUGAUUCUGCUGAUGUUGUCCCAAUAUAUGUUGGAGACGACCGUACAGAUGAAGAUGCAUUUAAGGUCCUUCGUGAGGGUAAUCGCGGUUUUGGAAUUUUAGUAUCUUCAGUGCCAAAAGAUAGCAGUGCAUUCUACUCUCUGAGGGAUCCAUCAGAGGUCAUGGAAUUUCUCAAGUCCCUGGUGAGAUGGAAGAAAUUGAGUAAACUAUAAAGAAAAAAAACAUAUAUGAAGGAAUAGGACAGCCAGCUCGUUGAUAUGCGUAUAAUGCCCGUAUGUUUUUGAACUCUUAUAAGAAAUAAAUCAAAAGCUCAGAGAGGAGCCUACCUCGUGAGGCCGUCUUUGUUUGGUCCGAUGCUAUUCAUUUAUUUAUUUAUUAUACUUUUGUUGGUCUCGUCCAACGGUUUCUUUCCUUGUAAAUUCCAUCUUCUGCUAAUGCGGAAAUGAUGUCUGUAUUAAUCGCGUCUUCUUUUUUCUUUUUUUUUUCUUUUUUUUGUUCUUUUCAGAAUUUUGGUCUAAUGUUAUAUCUCGAAAUUCAUGUUUCUAUUGAAAAUGUUAUAUUAUAAGAUCAUUUUGGUAA